GAGAGAGAGAGAGAGAGAGAGAGAGAGAGAGAGAGAGAGAGAAGAGGAGGACAGCAAUAAAGAGAAGGCUGAUCUGGAGCCAUAGCUGGCAUGCCUAUGGGUGUGAGGGUGACAAUGACAACCAUCUUGAUAGCCUUCGCCUUGCCGUCUUUGGUGAGGUCAGGUUCAUCAUCCUCAUUACCACACAUCACGGAUGCCAAGUUUAUUGAGGACUGUGUGAAAAGCCACAAUCUAAACCGAUCUAAUGUCAACCCAACAGCAGGGGACAUGCGCUACAUGACCUGGGAUGCAGCACUUGCAAUUACAGCAAGAGCAUGGGCAAGGAAAUGUGUCUUCAAACACAACAUUUACCUGAACGGAAAAGAGAAGAAGGUCCAUCCCACCUUUGAAUCUUUAGGGGAGAAUAUCUGGUCGGGUUACCCAGCGGACAGUUUCUCAGUAGGUCAAGCUAUGCAGAGCUGGGUGGAUGGAGAGUUACCUGCCUACGUUUAUGACCAAAAUCACUGUAGACGGAUAUGUGGUCACUACACACAGGUGGUGUGGGCCACCAGCUACAAAGUUGGCUGUGCUGUUCAUCGCUGUCCCGAUGGCGUAGAUGAGCUUUCUUUGACGAAGGGGCAUGACACUGCCCAUUUUGUAUGCAACUAUUACCCACCCGGGAAUUAUCCUACCAAACCUUACAAACAAGGAAGGGCGUGCAGUGGAUGUGGUGGGGAGGAAUGCGAGCGCUCACUCUGCCGUUAUGGCUACUGGAGCCCGGAGUGGGACCCCGAGAAAUCUCGCUGCGGCGCGUUCUGCCAGGCGGUGCUCGUCCUGAGGCCGCUGGCGGCUUUGCUCACCCUCGCCUCGGCGUACUUCAUCAAGAGACAGUGCCCCAACAUAUUUGUUUAUGAGUAACACAAAAAUCAAUCAAGGGUUCCUACAGAAACAAUAUUUUUUUCAUAUGAAUAAUUGUCUUUUAAGGGGACUAAGGGGAGGUGGGAGGUGUUUAGGUGGCCGUCUGCGCCUAUACUGUAACAUGAAGACCCCGGCAUUAUGCAGGCAGACCUAAUACAAAUCAAACUACCUCGGCUCCUUUUCUGCAGCCUGGUAAUAAUUGUUUGAUGCCAUUGAUGAUUUAAAAAAGAAUAAUUAAAGGAACAGUCCCCCCUUUUUUGAUUUUCACUUGUUUGUAGUAUUUCCCAGCAUUAUUCAUGAAUGUGCAUAUAAAAUAUAGCCAAAUUAAGCAAAGCAAUAGAAGCCUAUGGGGGCAAAC